ACUCAUUCUCUGCAACUCAAUCCCAAGCUCACACACACUAAACCAAAGUAAGAGGUAUAGUGUUCUAAGAGUGAGCAACUUGUGAGAAAUGGCUUCCAAGGCUGCACUUCUCUUGUGUCUCAAUGUUCUCUUUUUCACUGUGGUUAGUUCCACAUAUGUGCCAUGUAAUCCACCCCCCAAAACUCCCAAACACCCACCUGUCCCAAAGCCACCAUCCCCAAAGCAAGCAAGCUGCCCCAAAGACACUAUUAAGUUCGGUGUGUGUGCUGAUGUGUUAGGUUUGAUUAAUGUGCAACUUGGGAAGCCACCAAAGACCCCAUGCUGCAACCUAAUUCAGGGUCUUGCUGAUCUUGAAGCUGCAGUGUGCCUUUGCACUGCUCUCAAGGCUAAUGUGUUGGGCAUCAACCUCAAUGUUCCAGUGAACUUGAGCUUGCUUCUAAACUACUGUGGAAAGGGUGUUCCCAAGGGAUUCGUCUGCUAUUAAAUCAAACACUUAUAAUGUGUAGCUUCCUAUUGCUAUAUUCGUCAUUCAUCAUUAUUCUGUGUAUUUCAGUAUUUGUGCCCGGCACGUGCCAAUUAGCCAACGAACAUUUCGUUCAUACUUGGUUACUAUUACUGUUGUGAUGCGCUGAAACUUUAAAGGCUUCUUGGUCUUCCUUGUCGCAGCCUCACUAAAGUCGUUUGUAUUCUAAGUGAAAUUUCUACUAAUAAAUAAUCUACAUUAUUUAAGCUAUGAUUAA